UAGACUUGGGUUGUUUGCGUUGGAGCAGAGAAGACUGAGGGGCGACUUGAUCGAGCAACAAGGACUCGUCAGUAUGUACCUCCUCCUACCCGGACUGUUACUCAUACACCUCGUUGUCCUCAUCCUCCUCUACAUAUCAACCAUCGACAACUCUUGGUGGUUUUACAAUGAUGAGAGUUCCCGUGAUCUAUGGAGUGAGUGUUUGUACAUUAAAGCUGAACUAACCUGGAGCUGCACCGACAUUGUGGCCUCUCAUGGUCAAGAAUGGCUCCAUGCAUCUCAAGCCCUGAUGGUCCUGGCUGUACUUUUCUCUACCGCUUCGUUUAUUAUCUUCCUGUGUCAGCUAUACACAUUGAGGAAAGGAAGCCUCUUCUAUGCGACUGGGCUGUUUCAAAUCUUCGCUGCUCUCUGUGUGAUGACAGCAGCCCUUAUCUUCACUCUCCAUGUUGAAGACAUACACGAGCAGCCAGAGGGAAGCUAUGGUUACAGUUUUGUGUUGGCCUGGGUUGCGUUCCCCAUCACCCUGUCCAGUGGUAUCAUGUACAUCCAUCUGCGAAAGCUUCAAUAACCUGGGACAUCAGACCCUGUCUCCAAGGCAGAGCCUCUCACUAUCACACACACUCUCUCUCUCUCUGCCUCUCUGCAUCCCCCCUCGUGUAGUAGACCACACUAUCUACAAACACCAUAAUCCAGGCCCACACUCCCUCCCGGUGCCAGUACUGAGGGAGUGCCGCACUGUUGGAGGGUCAGUACUGAGGGAGUGCUGCACUGUCAGAGGGUCAGUACUGAGGGAGUGCCGCACUGUUGGAGGGUCAGUAC